CGACGGUGACGCUGCGUGUUGACUCGAGAUGCUGGCAUUCUAUGUCGUCUUGCUCUAAGGACAUUGAGACUGUUGCUUCUUGCACACUUCACGCCCGGUCCUGGUCUCUAUUACGCUUCCUGGGACUUCAUUUGUGAACUCCCUGCUUGUUAAACACCCCGCCAACCUUAGGAGGGGCAUGUUAUUCUCUCAAUAGCAAACACGAUCAGUUGUUCUUGGAAUAAUAGAAACGAGCAAUGACUUCCUACAUAUCCGCAAGCGAAGCAUACAAACGCGAAAGGUCUCCCACCAAUUGGGUGCCUUCAUCCUCAGCUUCACAACCCCAGUCUUCAUGGUCAGAUAAAUACCGCGGAGCGACAGUAGAAGAUCUCGACCCUCCACCCGCCCUCUCCACCUCACCUCACGACUCUAUCUCCUCCGCCCUCCUUGCCGCCUACGAACGCGACUACACUCACCUCACUGUAAUCUCCUCCACGUCCCGCUCUCUCCUUGGCUACCUCAGCAUCCCGCGGUUAAAAUCCUUACUUAAAGAUGGCACCGUCACCGAAUCCGAUCCCGUAGAGAAAGCCAUGCACAGAUUCAGAAGGAAAGGGCAUGUUUACAAGGUUAUCACGAUGGACACGCCGUUAGAGGAAUUGGAGAGAUUUUUUGAAGGAGACAUGGGUGGUGGAGAGAAGAGAGAAAAGCAGGACUUUGCCGUGGUGACGGAUGCGAGCAGGAAAUUCGUGCUUGGGGUUGCAACGAAGGAAGACCUAGAGCAGUUCGUUAAGAGGAGACCGGCUUGAUUUUGAUAACGGGCUUCCGAGCCUAUACUUCAUGGAUUCGUUUGGGAACCGCCGGUCGGCGGAUGAUGAUAGAUUCUCUCAGUUUCGGGUGAACAAAAAGCGCAUCCGUGAAACCUAUCGGGAAGAUUGCUCCGUUUAUACCUGCUUGCCAGAAUCUCCCAAUCCCGAGUCACGGCUCAGUAUCGAGGGUGCAACGACAUUCCGAAUGUAAGUUGUAUUAAAUGUACAGUACAUCCAAAAUACCAGUUUUCCCAGGGCGUUCUCGUCAGAAUGACUGUAAAACAAGCAUAUUGUGGGCUUCAGAGAUUGAAAUUCAACAUUCACAUUAAAAAGGAAUAAAGCGAUUUCACAUAGAAUCAUCAGAGGACCUCACAUGUCUUGUUAAAAAGAGUCUAUAUCUUGAUGGCUGGUUAGGUAUAGCUGGGGAAAUACCUUGAAUAGUACGGACUCCCUGCCCUUGAAUGUAAGGCCAAGUGGUCAGGUUAUGUAUAUUAAAACACGGGAACCGGCUUAACAGUUCCCCAUCGGUAGAGCACCAUACUGAAGAAGCCUUCGUAGCCUUGAAGGGGCUAUUCAUCGGACAUGCUUCAACCUCCUUGUGGCUUCGGUCGCGACCAUCGCACAUAUCGCACCAAUAAACAAACACAUCGCAAUCCCAUUUGGUCCCUCAGCAUUGAGAUUCAUCCAUUGGUCUUCUUUUGAAUUGGUCGUCUCCUUGGCCUUGAGCUCUGGUUCGCUCUGUGUCGAUGAUCUAUUCGGUUCUAGAAUGCUGAAGACGAUCCAGCUAAUAAACGUGCCCACGAACUGAGGAAGAGUAGUGUACACGUUGAGGACGCCGAGGUAUAUUCCGGCCAAUUCGCCAGUGGACGCGGAUUCAUCGUCUUCUACGUCACUCUCGAAAUCGCUGUCUCCAUCAUGACGGUGGUUGAGCCGAAGGACACUGGCGUUAUCGAAUUCUAGAUCGGAAUUGUUACCGUCCGUGGUUUCAAGGGGUAGGUAGGCACUAUGUCUGUUGCUCGCUCCUGCAGAGGUUAUCAUGGUAACUGUGGAAUUCCGUGACGUAGAGGAUAGGGCCAGCCGAUUGAUUUCAACUCCCAUGAAAGCAAAAGGAGCCCAGCUAGUAACAGCCCAUGGAAUGCCGCAAAUGGCUACGAGGAACGUCGCGAAUCGAACCGAUUUUGCCAAUGGCGCGAAUAUCAUUGUUGCAGCGAAGAUGAUGUGCGACAUCAUCCACGCUGUCUGCAAAUCCGGCCGGACAAAAGCGAUCUUUUUGAGGAGACGGACGACACCCCGAGGCGGCCGUGGAGUGAAUCGCCCUCUUUUGUUUUCCGGUGAGAGGACCCCAAACGGAAGCACAACGGAGCUAACCAACGUAAUCAUGGAGAAUAUUACGAGUGACAGACUCCCCAGGCGACCAACCUCGCCAAGUGUAUCUUUUGACUGUUCAACGGCAGAUUUUGGCACUUCAUAUCGAAAAUAUGUCUCUCCAACCCAGGUGCUGCUAUAGAAAAGGAAUGGAAACCA